AUGACUGAACCUAACAUCGACGAGCUCUUGGUAGAGCAAUUCUCGAGUCUUGACUCUAACGGUCGAAGUAUUUCAGACACCAUUGAAUCCAGUAACCCCGCGAGCUUUGUGGAGAUCGAGAAUGCCUCCAGCUCGUCUGACUCGGAUGAUGUCGACGAAGAAAGCUUCAACCCAAAAGACGCAUCGCAACGCCGGAGACUCCAGAAUGCGAAAUUCAAUGUCCUCUUGUCUAAGCGUGCCGAUACAGACGCAGCCAACAGUGUCAAAGUCGCCGCUCCUGAUUUGCCAGACGCUCAGCUUUCGACGGCUGGCUUAUUAGCAAAGCAUGAUCUCGCGGCCGGUACAUUGGAUCCUCGAGAGUAUCAGGUGGAGCUGUUUGAGCGGGCCAAGAUACAGAAUACGAUUGCCGUGCUUGAAACUGGUUCAGGGAAGACUUUGAUCGCAGUGCUGCUACUCAGGCACACACUACAGAAUGAGCUCAAUGAUCGUGCGCAAGGAAAGCCGCCCCGCAUAUCUUUCUUCUUGGUCGACAGUGUCACCCUAGCAUUUCAGCAAGCGGCGGUUCUUCGUCACAAUCUUGAUCAGAGCGUUGGGCAAUUCUUUGGGGCCAUGGGAACCGAUCUUUGGAACAAGGAGAUCUGGGAUGAGCAUUUCAAGACCAACAUGGUCAUUGUCUGCACGGCUGAGAUCGUGCAUCAAUGCUUGCUGAAUUCCUAUAUCAAGAUGGAUCAGAUAAAUUUAUUGAUUUUCGACGAAGCUCAUCAUACAAAGAAAGAUCAUCCUUACGCACGGAUUAUACGCGACACGUAUCUGAAGGAGGUUCCCUCAAAGCGGCCUAGAAUAUUUGGCAUGACGGCUUCUCCCGUGGACACGAAAGGUGAUGUAGUCGAGGCUGCAAUGAGACUCGAAACUUUGUUAGACAGCACUAUCGCUACAACGUCACAGGCUACCCUACUGCGACAAUUCGUCAGUCGUCCAGUCGAAGAAACAUGGAAAUACGAUAGACUAGAGCCACCAACAGCCACGACACUCUACAAAGAGCUCGAACAACACUUUGGUGGAUUGGAAUGUCUCAACGGCAUCUUCAAGUUCGCCUGGCAGGCAAGCUCUGAAUUAGGCCGAUGGUGCUCGGAUCGAGCAUGGUCGCGAGCUCUAGCUGACGACGUGCUGCCCAGACUCGAAGGGAAGAUCAACAAACUCAUUGAGUCAAGUAGUCUAGCCAAAGAAGCUCAGGACACGCACACACAGAUCUUGCGUAUCAGAGAGGCUAGCGACUUUGUCAAGCGUCAUGAGCUCAGCAGCCCUCACGGCCCCAGGGAGUUGAGCUCCAAGGUGCAGUUACUUCGCGCCGAACUAGAGAAGCGAUUUCUGAAUCCAGAACACACGAAGUGCAUUGUGUUCACAGAGAAACGAUACACCGCAUUGAUCUUAUGUGAACUUUUUCAGAAUCUAGCGAUUCCCUUCCUACGGCCCGGGGUGCUUAUCGGAGUUCGUUCUGGUGAAAUCGCAGGAAUGGGCAUAACCUUCCGUCAGCAGUUCCUUACCUUGCUUAAGUUCAGAGAUGGAGAAAUAAAUUGUCUGUUCGCUACAUCGGUAGCUGAGGAAGGUCUCGACAUCCCAGACUGUAACCUCGUUAUCAGGUUCGACCUAUACCAAACGCUCAUUCAAUACGUGCAGAGCCGUGGUCGUGCACGGCAUCACAAAUCAACGUAUGCAACCAUGGUUGAAAGAUAUAAUUCACAGCAUGAAGAGCGAUUGCUUGAAGUUCGAGAUGCUGAGGGUCUAAUGCAAGAAUUCUGUGAGACUUUGCCCGAGGAUAGAUUGUUGCACGGAAACGAUGACCUGGAAAGGAUUCUCGAGAAAGAAGCAGACAAAAGGACUUACACUACCCCAACGGGUGCCAAGUUGACCUACCACUCGGCCAUUGCCAUACUUGCUCGCUAUGCGAGUUCGCUCCAAUACGAGAAAGAACGAGACGCGAAGGUGCAUUAUGUGGUGCUCCCCGUCAACAAUGCUUUUACCUGCGAGGUUAUUCUACCAGAGAAGUCGCCAAUCCGAGGACUUACUGGGAGCCCUGCGAUCAGGAAAUCGACAGCAAUGCAGUCUGCGGCAUUCGAUACAUGCAUGCUGCUACGCAAGCAUAAGUUACUCAACAACUACUUCCAUUCAAUGUUCCAACGUCGCUUGCCCGCGAUGAGAAAUGCCAAACUUGCGAUUACCUCCAAGCAGACUAGCCAAUAUGAAAUGGUAGUCAAACCGUCAUUCUGGGACGCAAAGCGAGGCGAACUUCCAAAGUUCCCAGCCUUUCCCAUCUACCUCGACGACGACAUAGAGACGACAGUACAUCUCGUUUCUUUGCAGGAACAGCUAAUUGUAUCAGAAACGGAGCUGCAAUACUUUACGAGCUUCUUCCUUCGAGUAUUUCGGGAUGUCUUCCACAAGACCUACGACCACCAACCUGAGAAGAUGGCAUAUUGGCUGGGUCCCACAAAUGUUCAAGACAUACCUAGUCGAGACAUAAGCCCUAGAGAUUUGGUUGAUUGGAAGGCCCUUUUAUUCAUGCAUCAAAACGAGGUUCUACCAGUUCCGAGGAAAGCAAGCCCAGAAUAUCUGCUGAAUCGCUUAGUGUUUGAUAACUGGAACGGAACAUGCAGGUACUUCACUCUUGCAGUCGAAAAAGCACUACAUCCUUCCAGCCCUCCACCAUCCUUUGUGGCACGGCGUAGGCACAUGAGUGAUAUUAUGAACUACAGCACCAGUCUUUCGAAAAACUCGCGUGCCAGAUUCCUUUCAACCUGCGAUUGGAACCAACCUGUCUUCAAAGCAGAAUUGGUUCGCCUCCGCAGAAACCUUUUGGACAAGAUGACGGAUACAGAAAGAGAAGUGGAGACGAGGUGCUUCAUCUGCGUCGAGGCGUUAAAGAUUUCUGCGAUUCCUGCUUCUACAGCUGCCUCCUGUUUGGCAUUUCCCGCGAUCAUCACUCGACUGAACUCGUACUUGAUAUCGCUCGAAGCUUGCGCCAGGUUAGAUCUUAAGAUUGAACUUAGGUUCGCUCUGGAGGCCAUAACAAAGGAUUCGGACAACACGGAGGAACAUCGAGUUCAGCAAAUUCAUGUACAGAGGGGCAUGGGGAAGAAUUACGAGCGCCUUGAGUUCCUUGGGGAUUGCUUUCUCAAGAUGGCUACCUCGAUUGCUCUUUUCUCACAGAAUCCAGACGACGAUGAGUUUGACUACCAUGUCAAUCGGAUGUGUCUCAUCUGCAACAGAAACUUGUUCAACGCAGCGGUGAAGAAUGAGCUAUACAAAUAUAUCCGGACUCAAGGUUUCUCUAGGCACUCAUGGUAUCCUGAUGGUUUGAGCCUCUUGCAAGGAAAGGAUCACAGUAAGAAGACGAGCUCAGAGAGUAAACAUGCACUCGGCGAGAAGACCAUCGCAGAUGUUUGUGAAGCUCUGAUAGGGGCAUCCCUGCUUACUGGUGGAUCUGAUCAUCGGUUUGACAUGGCGGUCAAGGCAGUGACUGCUCUAGUUGACAGUGCGAACCACAAAGUCACUUGCUGGAGGGAUUAUCAGGGCCUGUACAACAUGCCUAAAUAUCAACUCCAGAAGUCUGAUGGCUUCGAGCUUGAUCUGGCCCGACAGGUAGAAGAGAAGCUCGGCUAUCAUUUCAACUACCCCCGGCUGUUACGGUCAGCCUUUACCCAUCCUUCCCUUCCCUCUGCCUGGGCCCAAGUCCCCUGCUACCAGCGUCUGGAAUUUCUCGGCGACUCGUUGCUUGAUAUGGUCUGUGUCGAGGACAUAUUUCACCGAUUUCCCGAUCGUGAUCCUCAGUGGCUCACCGAGCAUAAGAUGGCCAUGGUGUCCAAUAAAUAUCUAGGUGCAUUGGCGGUCAAACUCAGUCUUCAUACACAUCUGAAGCAUUUCAGCAGCCCAUUGCAAUCGCAAAUCACUCUUUAUGCCCAGGCAAUCCAGAUUGCGGAGAGCGACAGCAAAGGCGCAGUGGAUUACUGGGUUGAUGCCAACGACCCUCCCAAAUGCUUGCCGGAUAUGGUGGAGGCCUACCUAGGGGCCAUCUUCGUUGACUCCAAUUUUAACUUCGAGGUGGUUGAAGUAUUCUUCCGUCAGUUCAUCAAGCCAUACUUUGAGGAUAUGACCGUCUAUGACACAUUCGCCAACAAGCAUCCAACGACCUUCCUCCAUAACCGACUAGCAAACGAGUAUGGCUGCCUGAACUACUGCCUUAAGGCUGGGGAGUUACCCAGCGCAGAUGGAUCUCAACCUACCGUGCUGGCAGCAGUCUUUGUGCAUGAUGCUGUGAUUGCAGAAGGCGUGUCAUCGUCCACUCGCUAUGCCAAAGUCAAGGCCAGUGAGAGGGCCUUGGCAGCUCUGGAGGGGAUGACACGUCUGAAUUUCCGCGAAAAGUACAAUUGCAAUUGUCGGGAAGUGGGUGAGACGGCUGAUCAGGAGAUUGUUGGGACGGCUAUUUGA